CGAGCAGCUCGACGACGCACGCAGCAGCUGUGUCUGUGUUCAGCAGCCUCUAGCUGUCCUAGGAGCUAACAAGAGCUAGCUCUGGCCCGGAGCCGCGUAUAUAUUACACCACCGCACCAGAGAGACGCGAGCGCGGCCGCAAGGUCCUAGGAGGAGCUAGCUAUACUACUCAUCAAGCAGCUUGCAUUGCGUGCGUGGUUGCUGCUGCACCGGCCGGCAGGAGAACAUUACGUACGAUCGGCGAUUCAGCGUCGUAGAGCGAGAGCUAGCUAUCCACGCCCCCACCCCCAGUCAGAUCAAUCAGUUACUUAUUUAUUCUUCAGCUUAAUUCUCGAUCAGUGUCGUCGUCGGAGAACCAUCAACGAUGGCCAAGCACAAGAUUGUGAUCAAGGUGACCAUGCCGAACGCCAAGAGCCGCGCCGGGGCCAUGGUGCUGGCCGCCAAAACGAACGGGGUGAUCUCGAUAGCAAUCGCCGGCGACCUCAAGGACCGGCUGGAGGUGGUCGGCGAGGGCAUCGACAUCACCUGCCUCGUCCACUGCCUGCGCAAGAAGGUCUGCCGCCACGCCGAGAUCCUCAAGGUGGAGGAGGUCAAGGACAAGAAGCCCGAGGAGGAGAAGAAGAAGAAGCCGGAGCCCUGCGGGUGCCCGGCGCCGUGCCUGUGCGCGGCGGCUUAUCACCAGACGCCGCUGCAGGUUUUCAGCUGCGAGGAGUCGCCGGCAUUCGGUUGCAACAUCUUGUGAAGCUAGCUACUAGUAAGUUAAUUGGACUCGGUCACGCGUGCAUCUAGCAUCUGUCGUCAGCUUCUUCGUGCAUGCGUCAAGUGUACCAUGGUUCUAUAUAUGGUUUGCUUUCGCUUAUGUAGUUAUAUAUGUUUAACUAACCAUCAGCGAUAGAGUAAUAAUCUAUCUAUUAUCUUAU